AUGAGCAAUACCAUUCACGCUGUUGUCCAUCGUUCUAGCGAUCAAUGCAAGGAUCAAUUGCUAAUAAAAUUUAUAGACACGUUAAUGUGCUCAAUAUGCCAGGAUUAUAUGUUUGUACCGAUGAUGACUGCUUGUGGUCAUAAUUAUUGUUACGGAUGUUUGAAAAGCUGGUUUACAAGUAAUGAGACUACCGAGUUAUCAUGCCCGCAAUGUAGAUCAAGUGUUGGUUCUGAACCGAAUUUAAACUCUGUUCUGCAGCAGGGAAUGAACUGUCUUGUUGAAGUUAUGAAACAGGAGACUGGUGAUGAUGAUUCUGGUGAAAAAGAUUAUUCUAGUUUUUUCGAUGCUAUAAAAGCUGCUGAAAUAGAAUACAAAGCAGAUAAAGAUGACAAUAAUCUUUUUGGUAGUGUAUUUUCUAAUAGUGCGUUGGCAGUGGUGGAUGAAGAUGAUGACGGGAUUGCACGUUGUAGUAACUGUCACUGGGAACUUGAUCCAGAUUUUGAAGAGGAGGAUGGCAAUGUAUGCCCGCAUUGUAACGUCAGAAUAAGAAACAGGGUUACCGGAGGCAACAGUAGAAGUACUCGAGAAGAUGGAACACGCCGGACCCGUGAAGGUUUUGAUAGCGAUGAGUAUAGUGACGGAGAAUUAGACGCUCUAGAGGAUGACUUACAACGUUAUCAAAGAGAUAGCGACAGGGUUAUAGAAGAAUUCAGUGCCGAAGAGUCAGCGGACAAUGAGAACAGUUUGACCUCACAAUUUAACCGUAGAUUUCCUGUGCCUAAAAGAGGUCGAGACUUAUUCAAUGACGAGGCAGAAGAAGCUUCAUCUGAUGAAGACGAUUCCGAUAAAGACGAUAACGAAAAUGAUGAAGAUGAGAUAGUAACCGGAUAUCGCAAAAAACGUUCCAUACAUCAUUCAUCCGACGUAGAACAAGAAGACGGCAGGCCAAACAAAGAAGAAGAACUACCUCACCAACCUGGUGUUGAUGGAGAAGAAGAAAUCGAUUCGGAUUUAGCCUCAUUUAUAGUCAACGACGACGGUGAGGUAAGUGAAGUGACCUCCGAUGACAACGAUAUUCUAGACGACUUUCGGGACGAGGACCGCACUCCCAACGACGAUGCCACAGACACAUCUUCCCCCAGACGUAAACGAUUCCAAGUGAUACUCGACAGUGACGACGAAUAA